AUGUUGAAGUUCUUGUCCGUAGUUAAAUUGGUGAAUCCGAACGUUUUAGCAUCAUCAAAACGAUUAUUUCAUUUGACACAGACAGUCGGACUGAAGAAAAUCACAGAAAAAGUUGAAGGCAAUGUAAUUACCUAUGAAGGAGAAUAUAUUGACGACAAUGAAAAGAAUGUUCUGAAAUUAUCCGGACCUGAACAAGUAUGUCUUUGGUGUAAAUUCGAUCGUCGUUCUAUUCACAUUCAACAUACUGAUGUUCUUGUUCUUCGACAAUACCUUCGAAAAGAUGGCACUAUUCUUCCUCCUGAGAUCACCGGUUUAUGUCCGAAACAGAACGAUAAAUUGCAUACGUUGAUUCGUCAAGCUCGAAUGACUGGUCUCAUUUCAUAUCCAACUGUUGCUGUCACCAAACGUGAACCGCUUCUUGUUGAUCCAACAUUAAGACCUGAAUUCGAACAAUACAAUUCUUAUUGGGAGAAAUAUGAAGUAUUGAAAAAGAAAGGUCACUAUCUCGGACCGUAG